CCGGACAACAUCACGACUAUGGCCACUGCAACAUGUACCACCACCGGGACCCAGAUAUACGCUUUCGUCGAUGCUGCCAGCACUGUUUAUCAGUAUAUGUGUGGUGGUGGAGCCGGAGGCGCUGCGUUGACGAACAUACCGUCAGCCAGUGGUAUCAGAUCGUGGCAAGACUGUUUCGAUUGGUGCGACAAUACCACUGUUGGUGUAAAUGGCUGUUCAGGAUUCCUAUAUAACGCAGGUGUCGCUUACGGAAACGGACCGGGCCAGUGUGCUCUGAAAUACGGCGGUAAUUCGUUCGCAAGUACUGUCACUCUUUCAAGUACCCGAGUCGCCGGCCUCAAAUCGCGCAAUAUCGUCAGGCCUGCACCUACUUUCGCGUGUCCAGCAGUCCACUCCCAGACUGUGGUAGACAAUUACGGUCAACAGUAUUUGAUGGCUUGUGGCUAUGAUACAACCGGUAACUCCAAUACCAACCAAGGUCAGCUCGUCCAAGCGGCCAACAACUUCAAUGACUGUUUUGCGUUCUGCGAUACUUACAACGUCACCGGACAAGGAAAUUGUACCGGUUGGCAAUACUCUGGAAAGCCUGACGGCGCUGGAUCUGGUAAUUGCUAUCUCAAGGUCGUUCAACCAGCUCCCAAAUUCAACACUGUAUACAAUCAGAAUUACGUCGGUGCAAUCAGACUCGCUGGAAGUAUUGCAUCAACCCCAUCGCCAAGCAGCGCUAUGGCAACGACGACCGAUCUUGGUUCUGUUCCGACAAACACAGAUGCAGCAUACCCAUCUUCAGCUUCGGUAUCGUCAUCGAUAUCCAGCUCUUCUUCGGGGGCCAAUCCUCCAUCCUGCAGCUCCACGGUUACGGUCUCGGUCACCUGGACACCUCCGUCGAGAGCGGAACUUUAAGCUUGAUGGAAACGACUCGUUGGCUCAGAACCGACGGUUCAGGAUUGCUUGUGUGUGUGUAGGAACAUUUGCAACGCACUGAUAAGUCGAGAAAACAUAAGUACGGUGUACGCACAGCGUUAUAACGCCAUUAGUUCCAUGGCCUUUUACGCACUAAACACGACGAGAUACGACACUCGUGAUUUCCUCGAACCGACAGGAAUAUAGAAUGGGACCGCUUCUUGACCAGUUUCGUUUUCACUAUUCGAAUGUAUAAGGAAACCAAGGAAGAUCAAACAACAAAGUCAUGGCGACAUACCAACUGCUUUAGUUCGCGGUGGGCGAGCAGAAUCGACCUAUCGCACGGCUCGUAAUCCGAGAAAACGAUAUUGCAUUCCUCUAGUCUGCGUUGUGCCGUUCUGCCCUUGCCUUACCUCUGCAUAUAGCCUUGGCAAGGGAUGUUGACUUGUUCGUUGCUCAUAUUGGAGCCAACCCUGA